UUGAACCCGUGUGUUAGGCAGAUGAAACUGAGCCCGCAGCAGGCGCCGCCCUCUGGGGAGCCUCCCACCAAUGGAGUCGCUCCUGAGGCGCUGUGCUGGCAACAGGUUGCACUCGUAGCGGAGAGGGGAGGUGGCAAAUUUCCCGAUGUCCCCACUUCAUUGAGCAACAUCUUCCUCAUCCCAUCAACACCGUGCAGAACCGCCGCUGCUGUAGAGCCUGACACAGGAGCCCCGACUGAGGAGGGAGGAACAUUUCGGGAUUCGGAUCAUCUUUCCAGGUGCAGUAGACUCAAGAGUCCUAGUCGCUGCUUGCACAGAAACCAGGAAGUCAGCAUGAGCACUCUCUCCACUGACAAGAAACCUCUUGUGGAUUACGGUGUUCAGAUCCGCUUCAUCAAGGACCUCCAUGACACGGGCGGAGGUUAUCCUGAUAAAUCCAGAGGGAAUAACAGCGCAGCUCCUCCCUCCAAUAAGUAUGGAGUGGCUGUGCGGGUUCAGGGAAUCUCUGGGCAACCUUAUGUGGUCCUGAAAGAUGGUGAGAAAGGUGACUCUUAUGGUGUUCAACUAAACACCCCCACCCCAAGCUCAGGGCCACCUUCACCUUGCAACAGCCUUCCCAGAACUAAUAAAGAAUCAGCAGAAAUCAUAAAUCCCUAUAGCCCUGCUGUAAACACAGCACGUUCCCCUGUUUCUGCAGCAGAGCAUGAGGAUGGGGAGAUUUUUGGGAGCCCUCUCAGAAGGCCCCCAGGGGACGGUCAAGCAGGAACACAAGGGGAAGAAGAGGACGGAGACGGCAGAGAGAGACAGGUAGCAAGGUCGAGAGCUGAACCCCAACUCAAAGCAGCAGCAAGCGAAGCAGAGAAAGACAAAGAUUGGACUUGUAAAGAGGAGUAUAAUGAAGCAGGACUGAAACCAGUUAAGUUAAAUGGAGUCAGUUCCAGAGGGGUCAAGCAAACUGGCGCUGGUUUCACUAGCUCUUUGGGCAGAUACUCUGGGAAAAGUAAACAUACAGUGUCAGGGUCAGAACCUCCAGCAUUAACUGAUGACGACCCCGUCCCAGCAAUCGAUACCAACUCCCUGGCUCCCAUCAACAAACUCAUCAGUAAAUUCAACAGCGGGACGCCAGGCAGCGCCCCACAGGUAAGGGGUCGCUCCGGAGCGAGGCAGCGGCUCAGGUUUGACGAGCGCAGGCGAUCCAGAAGCCUUGAUGCUCGAAAAAGUGUUCAGCCGGAGGAUUCCCUUCCCUCUCCCACCUCUCCAACUGUGAAUCCCUACGCUACUCCUCUGUCUGCCUCCUACAAUUUGUUGACAUCAUCUGCCCCAGGCAGCAGCAGCCUGGGAAGGAGCCCGGCAUCAGUUUCCAAGGUGACAGCGCUCGAGGCCCCCAAACCGAGCUUUAAGUCACCAGAGAAGUUUGUUGCGAAGGUCAGCAGUCCAACUGUGGCAAAAAAGCCAGAGGUACCCCCGAGGAGCCUGAGUCAAAGCACAGGGUUCAUCGGUGGGGAGGAAACGCAAGUUAAGCAAGCCAUUUUCAACAUAAUUAAAGAGGGCACCAGCGAGAGCGAGGUAUCCCUCAAAGGAAAAGUCAACCUCAUCUAUGAGACAACCAACAGUUUUAAGAAAGGAGCAUCUGAUGGGAUCUUCAAAACGGGGAACCUUGAGGAGCUUCAGGAGCAACUCAGUCGCUGCAAGAAGGAUCUGCAGCAGGCCCACGAUGAACUGGCCAGGGAGCGUAUGUCCAGAGAGGUGGCGGAGUCUCGUCUGCGACUACAGGAAGAUCAGCUGGCUGAGCUUCAGGAGGAGCUGAGGAGGGUUUCAGAAAACUCAUGUCACUCAGACUCUCUGCAGACGGAUGUGAUGACUCUGCAGGCAGACCUGGCUGAAGCCACCAUGCUGCGUCAGCGCCAGGAGGAGACUCUACGCCAACGGGAGCGGGAGCUGACAGCCCUGAAGGGGGCGCUGAAGGAGGAGGUGGAGUGCCAUGACAGAGAGAUGGAGGCCCUGAGGGAGCAGUACAGCCAGGACAUGGAGAACCUGAGAAGAACCAUGGAGCAGGUCACACAGUCCCAGGACCAGAUAGAAGAGGAGAGGGAGAGGGUGAACGCCUCCAUACUGACCCUGGAGGAAGAACUGGAGAGCUGCAGAGAUCAGGGAGAGCAGUGGAGGACGCAGCUGGAAGCCACCACACAGGAGCUGCACAGCACUACACAAGAGAGCGGGGAGAACGUCGACGCUCGAAUGCUGCUGAACUCCCGUUCAGAGACGGAAGAAUUUGAGGGCAAGCUGAAGGAUCUUCAGGAUUCGCUGCUCAGCAUGAAGAAACAAAUGCCUGCGUCUGAUGAUAUCCAUCGUUUAGCAGAGGAGCUUCGGCGUUGCCAUGAUGAUCUGAAGCGAUCUCGCUCCGAUCUCGAAAAACAAAAGGGCGAGUUAGACGAGAAGAAGGAGGCACUUAAAGCCCUGAAGAAAGCCAGCGGAGAGAAGGAGGCGGAGUUUUUGUCUGAGAUCAGCAAGUUGAAGGAGCAGUCACAGAAAGACAAGGCCGAGCUGGAAAAGGCGAAGGAGCAAUGUUUCUCCACUCUACAGUCAUCAGUGGGGUCUUCAGCAAAGACGGUGGUGGACCACAGCACCGGCCUGGAGCUCCAUGAAGCAAACACUCGCCUCAGAGAGAGGCUUGCCCGCAUGACGAGGCUUCAUUCCAGCACGACCAGGAACUCAGAGGCUGAGGAGGCGGUGGAAGCUCUUGAGGAUGAAAACCGCUCCCUGAAGUCUCAGCUGGAGGAGGCCAAGAGAGGAGUCACCCGUCUGAGCAAGGAGAGGGACGAGCUGACCCGGCGGCUGGAGGAGAGAGACCUGGAGAGGGAGGCGCUGAGGAGGGGCAAGAGUGACCUGGAGGAGCAGAAGAGGCUGUUGGACCGAGCCCUGGAGAAGAUUAACAAAGAGAUGGAGGUGAUGAUGGGAGAUUCUCGUCAGUCAGUGGCUGCCCUGCAAGCACAACUGGACGAAUACAGGGAGCGCUCGAGGAAGGACCUGCAAGAAGCCCAGCGCAACAGCAAGGACAGGCUGGCUGAGCUGCAGAGGGCUCAGAACAACCUCAAGGCCCAGCAGGAUGAGGUGUCCCGUCUGAAGAAGGAGCUGCUGGUGUGUUGCGAGGAGAGAGACAGCGCCCAGUUGGAGAGAGACCUCCUUAACAACCGCUUCAAACACUUAGAGAGCGAACUAGAAUCAGAGAAGAGCACCCACACUGACCGCACCAGGGAGAUCAGGGGCCUGGAGGAUAAAAUUAAGACGCUGGAGAUCGAACUGGAUGAGGAGCGGAGCAGCGUGGAGCUUCUGAACGAUCGUAUCACACGUAGCAGAGAGCAGGUGGACCAACUUCGUUCAGAGCUCAUGCAGGAGCGUUCGGCAAGACAUGACCUGGAAAUGGACAAGAGCGCACUGGAGAGACAGUUGAAGGAGCUGAAGUCUCGUGUGGCAGACAUGGAGGGACAGACUCGGCCCUCAGCUGGAAUCACCCUGCUGGAAAACAAAAUCCAAGAGUUGGAGGAAAGACUGCGCAGUGAAGAAAGAGAAAAGUCCAGCAUCCAGGCUUCUCAGCGACGGAUGGAGAGAAAACUGAAGGAGCUAAACGCCACGUUAGACCAGGAGAGAAGCCAGCACAUUGAGCAAAGAGAUCAACUGUCUCUGCGUGUGAAGGCCUUGAAACGGCAGGUUGACGAGAGCGAGGGGGAGGUGGAGCGCUUGGAGGGAGUGCGCCGAAAGGUUCUGAGGGACCUGGAAGAACAGCAAGAGCUCCAGGAGGCACUGCAUGCCAAAGUCGGAGCCCUGGAGAAUGAACUGAAGCGGAAGUCACAGCAGUCACAUCGUGCAGCUCUGGGCUCCUCCGCUUUAAGCUCUGAGGACGAGGACGGUUUCUAUGACACCAACAUCACUUCCCUCCUGAACGAGAGCCACCUACAGACCUCCAACUGCUAAAGGAAGAUGACGGGACGAAUAAAGAGACCUUUAAGAAGAUUUUUUUCCUCUGCAGUUCAAACAGCCUGGUAGAUUUUGUCAGAUAGAAGAUACUCAGGUCAUCAAGGACUCAUUUGUGUGGAGAACUCCGUAUGCCAUGCACUAUAAACUUGCCUCGCAGUUGUUCUUGGUUUUAUUUUUAGCACAGCAAUCCAACAGAGACAGAUUGUCGGGAUAAUUAAACUGCAUUUUUGGAGCCUUCAGCUGUGAUCAUGAUUGCUUCAGUAUUGCAGUGUUUUGUCUGUCUUGAGAUCUUCUGUUUAUCUGUGUUGAAGAGAAGAAAUAAAACUACACUAAGAAAUAUAAGGUUUUACAUUGUGUACUACAGCUUGCAUCAUGUUUUAAACAAGGCCCUUUGCUGUGUGUAUUGACUUUAUGUUGACUGUGCAUCGUGGUAGCACAUUACCGUCGUUUAGGGUCAAAGGUUACACAGUAGACUUGAAAAUUUAAACCCCUUUUAAACCAAAAACCAACUUGCAUAUUUUUUUCUUAUUGUUCUGGUGUCUGUGUUUUCUUACGCAUGAGAAGUUACUUCUGUCAGUGUUGAUAGCAGUUCCUAGUGUUUCUUUGUGUACUCAGAGUGAUGUUUUCUUACUUUUUUUUUUUUUAACCUUUGAAUGUGACAGUGAUGGGCCAUUUAAACUGAGCCUGUGUUUUUACACUGUGUUAGCUGUGCGUACUUGUUACUCAAGACAAUCAGACAAUUAGCACUGUGUGUCUCCAGAGAUUGAUCUUGUCCUUAUCCAGUUUUCUACUCUAAACCACCAUAUUUCUGAUGUGGUUUGAUAUAUAUAGCUGCAUAUGAAGCUUGAAUCCUGUGCAUGUUGUCACUCUGAUGCCUUAAAAAUGUGCUUAGAGUUUUUAUUUUCACUUGAUGUUUUCUCUGCAUGUGUUCCGUUUAUAUGCUGCUGCUGUUAUGGUUUAAAUAGUGUUUCGUAUGCUUGGCUGUGUACAUUCCUGUUCAGAGAAUCAUUCACAUUUCUCUCUGUUGCACCUGGCUGUUAUGAAUGUUGAUUAUAAUAGGACAUUUGAUGGUGUUAUUACAUUUUAAACAUGUCACUUUUACAUGUGAAUGUUUAUUAAGCUGCUGGUAACGUUUGAAAUGCGGUGCAGAGCUUUGUAAGUUUUCCCCAAAAAUUUUUUGACAAAUAUUUUAAGUAAAGUUUGGACUGUGUGCACAAUAAAAAAGAAAGUAUAUUAGA